UCCCGGCGGGCGGCUUGUUGAUAAUAUGACGGCAGGAGCUGCCUGGUCUUCUCGAGGAGGCGGUGGGGCCCACACCACGAAGAAGGGUCUCUUUUCAGGCUAGUGCGGCGGCCACUGCGGACCCGGAAGUCCGGGCCGGUUGCUGAAUGAGGGGAGCCGGGCCCUCCCCGCGACAGUCCCCCCGCGCCCUCCGCCCCGACCCGGGCCCCGCCAUGUCCUUCUUCCUAAGGAAAGUGAAAGGCAAAGAACAAGAGAAAACCUCAGAUGUCAAGUCAGUUAAAGCUUCAAUAUCUGUACAUUCCCCACAAAAAAGCACUAAAAAUCAUGCCUUGCUGGAUGCAGCAGAACCAAGUCAUGUUGCAAUCAAUGCCAUUUCUGUCAACAUGGACUCCUUUUCAAGUAGCAGGACAGCAACACUUAAGAAGCAGCCAAGCCACAUGGAGGCUGCUUAUUUUGGCGACCUGGGUAAGUGACUCACUUUUUGUUAACUUCUAGUAGGAAGGAUUGAGUCUGUUAUGGGAAACUCUUGCUGGAGGAUACUAGAACUGUAUAAUGGGAAUGUGCUUUGGAAAAAUGUAUUUAAGAUAAGAGCAUGCGUUUCUUGAUCUGUGGGUUGUGAGUUUGAUCCCCACAU